AUGUCAGAACCGGAUCUAUCAAAAAGAUCAAACGAUGCCAAUGACCAAGAGUCAACAAAAAGAGUCAAAGUAAGUAUAGAACCAGCGGGAAAAUGGCAACAACUGCGGAUUGACUCAAAGGCGCCCAGUUCUUCUCGGAAGCGUUCCAAAAAUGGCCAGAAUGGCGUGCCUGGGCGAUCUAUUGGCAGUAAGACGCAAGUCAAGGAUGACAAUUUUUCCAUCUGCGAGCGUCUAGACUUCAGACUGAAAGCAUACAUUGACCAAGAUGGUAAGGAGCGAUUAUUUAUGGGCGUGGUAUCAUGUGGCAGACAUCUCCCCAAUCUGGUGUCCCCAGUCCAAGGCUUCAAUCCUGGCAUAACCAUGGGAGUAUGCUCCUUGGGAAAUACGAGUCCUAUUGACGCAGCUAUUGCAAUUGCGGGUGACCAUUCCGAGUACAAGCAUCUACCACACAUGCCCCAUGUGUUUUUUAUGGUCGGUCCUAUGGCGAAGCAUCCUGAUAGUGAGGAGGGCACCCUUUCCUCCAGGUAUGACAGGAUAUUCCUAAGCAGCUCUCAACAACGCAUCAAUCUACCGCCCAAGAUGUCCAGAGAUGGAGAAGACAGCGACAGCGAUAUGUCAAGCCACUCGGAUAUGGAGGGCCUGAUCCGGGAACGAGACCAGACCAUCCAAGAACGAAACCAGGCGAUUCAAGAACGAGACCAGGCGAUCCAAGAACGAAACCAAGCCAUCCAAGAACGAGACCAGGUGAUCCAAGAACGAGACCAAGCGAUCCAGGAACGAGACCAGGCGAUCCAAGAACGAAAGAUGUUUAACCACGUCGUCCAAACUGGGAACCCAUACAUCGGUCACAACCCUGUCGAAUUAGUCGGAAGAUAUUCCAGUUCAGAGGGCCACGCAUUGCUGUACAAGGGGUUUAUGAAAAAAUGGGAGGAUGACUCCUUAGAAUGCAAAGAUAAAUUAGAAAAGGCAACUGACCUAAGGGCGCGCCACACAAUCAUCAAAGCCAGCCUCGAUGGCAUAUAUCGGAUUUCUCAAGACUUUGAUGCGCAAGCGACAUGGAUGUCGGCACGGCACACUAUUCCACCGCCCUUCGAUGGAGAUAAUAGCAUCGGAUAG